AUGGCCGAGAUCCGUCGCAAGCUCGUCAUCGUCGGCGACGGCGCCUGCGGAAAGACGUGUCUGCUCAUUGUGUUCUCCAAGGGCACCUUCCCUGAGGUCUACGUCCCCACUGUCUUCGAGAACUACGUCGCCGACGUCGAGGUCGAUGGCAAGCACGUCGAGCUCGCCCUCUGGGAUACCGCCGGUCAGGAGGAUUACGACCGUCUCCGCCCGCUCUCCUACCCCGACUCCCACGUUAUCCUGAUCUGCUUUGCCGUCGACUCGCCCGACUCGCUCGACAACGUACAGGAGAAGUGGAUCUCCGAGGUUCUGCACUUCUGCCAGGGCCUGCCCAUCAUCCUCGUCGGCUGCAAGAAGGAUCUGCGCUUCGACCAGAAGACCAUCGAGGAGCUGCACAAGACUUCCCAGAAGCCUGUAACCCCCGAGCAGGCCGAGGAUGUCCGCAAGAAGAUUGGUGCCCAGAAGUACCUCGAGUGCUCGGCAAAGACCAACGAGGGCGUCCGAGAGGUGUUUGAGCACGCCACACGGGCGGCCCUGCUCACCCGGAAAGAGAAGAAGAAGUCCAAGUGCACAGUCUUGUAG